UAAUACAUUCAUUAUGUUUACUUAAUGAUCUAUAUCCAAAUGUCUAUUUGGCUGAAAUAAUGCAAAUUUUACCCCGAACCCUCAGUGUUUCGUUCUCGGUACUAUGCCUUUUGAGUAUUCUAUACUCUACGUAUGAUUUCGAAUUUAGGUCUUUUUCAUCAAUAGAAUCGAUUACAAAUGGUUCAUUUCUACGAAAUGCUCGUCGCAUAGAUAUAAUUUGCAUUUCGCUUAUACUAUUACCACUUUUCAUAUUCAUCCCGCUGGCGUAUUUCACUGGUCACUACGCCGAUAUUAGCCAAAUGAGGGUCGCGAACAUACUAUUCACGAUUCAUUACGUUGUAUGGUUGAUAUUUGGCAUCUUUUAUUUGGCUGUAUGGAUAUUGUUUUGGAAUCGAUUCGUUGCCGUUGAAGACAUGAACCGUACGAAUAGAAAGCAGAUCCCAUACAAUUUGGAUUUAUGGCAUAAAUAUUGUUUACCUCAUAUUCUGGAACUACUACGCGCCUUUUCUCAUCCAUAUAAGCCAAUGGGUGAUGAUUUAUAA